CGUUAGCGGGUUGGCCCAUUAACAAACUCGCCUUCUUCUUUUUCCAUUCAGUCUUUAGUAACUAGGGUUUUAGCAAAAAAAAAAAACCGUUCUUCAACAGAGGAAAAAGAAAAAAUGGCGACUAAAUCCCUAAUUAGAAACGGAGCUAUGCUCAUGAAUCGAGUUUUAGUGAAACAAGCUCUCAACCCGAACCCGAUUUCUAACAAUCGAGUCUUUAAUCAAGGCAUUCAAAUCACUCCUCAGCUGUUCCCAUCUCUCUCGAAGCCAAAACUUGAAAUUCCGCAUUUGCCUCGAAACGACGUCGAUUCUCUCUCUGAAGUCUCCUCUACGGGGUUUCUUUAUCCAUUUGGUCUCCCUUCUCUCCGAUUCUUCCUUCCCGACGGAGAUUCAUCAAGUGAGCCAAUGCUAUUAUUCCCCAAAAGAACAUAUCAGCCUAGUACCAUCAGGCGCAAGAGAAAUCAUGGAUUUUUCGCCCGCAAGGCAACGAAGGGCGGUAGAAGAGUCAUUGCUCGAAGAAUAGCAAAGGGUCGUUCAAGAAUUACCGCUUAGAAUCUGGAUUUUCAGUGAUGCGUUCAUCAGAAUCAAAACCCGGAAGCUGCCUUAAAUAGGGUACAACUAAGCAAAUUUCGUAUCACCUUUUUUGCUUAAUUCAGUAGGCUCUGCCCAUCCUAAUGACACUCUUUGGAGGAAUUUUUUUUUUUCUUUCUUCAGAUAGAUUUAUGUUCACUUUUAGAUUUCUUUUUGAUACAUAAAACUUGCAAGAAGUAAUUGCUAUGCAGAAAGUUAUGAAGAACGGUUCUCGUUCGUUAUUUAUGAUAAAGUAACAAAGUAGAUUUCGUUCGAUCGUUUCUCUCUUUGGAUAGAUGUAUGUUGACUUUUAGAUUGUCUUUUUGCUUCAUAAACACUUGGUUCGAGUCCGAUCCAAGAUGUGCGAAGAUUUUUGUUAGGGAGAGACAAAUAACCUUGGAUGAAGUUUUAUGAUGAGCAUUGAAUAAUAUUCCAUCAUUGUAAAACUUAUAAUAAUGUAUAGAUUUUGAUAUUUUAUUAGAAA